GCCGACCAUCCAUCUGAUUCAUUCAGCAAACACAAUCAUGGCGAAAUCGAUUGGAGUUUUGAUGGUGUUCCCUUGCGAUUCGUAUCUUGAACAGGAGCUUCAUAAUCGGUUUAAUCUUAUCCGAUAUUGGAACUUUCCAGAUAAAGCGGAGUUCUUCAAGGAAAACUCCGGCUUAAUCCGCGCUGUAGUUGGCAGUGGACACGCAGGAGCCGACGCCAAACUUAUCGAAGCCCUACCCAAACUUGAGAUCAUCUCCAGUUUUAGCGUCGGUCUGGACAAGGUUGACCUAACGAAAUGCCAAGAGAAGGGAAUUAGGGUUACCAACACUCCAGACGUCUUGACUGAUGACGUUGCAGACCUCGCUAUCGGUUUGAUGAUCACGACCCUCCGCCGAAUUCCAGCGUCUGAUCGGUAUGUUAGGAGUGGACUGUGGAAGAAAGGUGACUUCAAGUUGACUACAAAGUUCAGUGGGAAAUCAGUUGGCAUAAUUGGACUAGGCAGGAUUGGUCAAGCAAUUGGUAAGAGAGCAGAGGCAUUUGGGUGUCCAAUUAGCUAUUACUCAAGAUCAAUAAAGCCUGAUUCAAACUACAAGUAUUUCCCAACUGUGAUAGAACUGGCUGCAAACUGUCAAAUACUUGUGGUGGCUUGUGCCCUAACUUCUGAGACUCGUCAUAUCGUUAACCGAGAGGUUAUUGAUGCAUUGGGUCCAAAGGGUUUCGUGAUCAACAUAGGGAGAGGUCCACAUAUAGAUGAAGGUGAGCUGAUUUCGGCUCUGGUUGAAGGGAGAUUAGCUGGGGCUGGGCUUGAUGUGUUUGAGAAUGAACCCAAUGUACCUAAAGAGCUUGCUGAGCUUGAGAACGUUGUUCUGACUCCUCAUGUGGGAAGUGGGACUGUGGAAACUCGAAAGGCUAUGGCGGAUUUGGUUAUUGGGAACUUGGAAGCACAUUUCUCAAAUAAACCACUCUUGACUCCUGUUGUUUAGACCCAUCUAUAUAUUUUGUUAUGCCAUAAUAAUAAGGCAAAUUGGUUGUCUGACUUUUACUACACAUUGUUGCCAUUUGGAUAAAUUGAGUUUGAUAUUUGUUAGACUUUUUACUAAUCAUGAUUUAUAUAAUCU